AUGGAAACUUACAGGGUACUGGAGUCUACGGAAUACACUACUAUGAUUCCUUAUAUCUUGAUCCAUGUCCUUUCCCUCUCUGUGGCCGCUGAGGGCGCAGUUGUCAAAAGAUGGCUUAAUGGCUCCAAGCCUACAGAUACUGUUGAUCCGGGUGUAACUCCGGGUUGUACCUAUUGGAUAAAUGGUAUUACAGCAGCUGAUCAAUGUGCCGAUAUCGUGGGCUACUUUGGAAUUACUGAAGAGCAGUUUAACGAAUGGAAUCCUGCAUUGAAUGGUCACUGCGGUGCAAUUCAGCCAGGCCACUCGUACUGUGUCAUGGCUGACCAGGUGCCUACUUCAACGAAGUUGACUUCUACUGCUCCACCCUCUCCUACAACUUCUUCCACGGCAACAUCUCCAACUGCAACCGGGCCUAGCCCUACCCAAAGCGGUUUGGCUCAAGACUGUAACAAGUUUUACAAAGUAGUGGCGGGGGACAGCUGUUACGAUAUUGCCCAGCGCGAGGGGGCUUCUUUGGAAGACUUUUACAAGUGGAAUCCGGCGGUUGGAACUACGUGCGGCUCUCUCUGGGGCGGAUACUAUGUUUGUGUCGGAGUAAAGGGGCAGUCACCGACGCAAUCUUCCAGCCCUCCAGCCUCAACUCCAACAGCCCCUCAGCCGCAGCAGCCUGGGAUAGCGAAGAACUGCAACAAGUUCCACCUAGUUAAAAGCGGUGAAUCUUGCUGGUCAAUUGAAACUGAAUUCUCUAUCUCCCACGACGAUUUUUUGAGCUGGAACACAGGCGUAGGGUCGUCCUGCAAUCUAUGGGCAGGAUACAAUGUCUGCGUAAGUGUACCCGGAAGCACAAGCACCACCACUCCUACUACAGUUCCAGGCUCCCCUACUCCGACCCCGACAGCCCCCCAGCCUCAGCUGCCUGGCGUUAUCAAAGAGUGCAAGAAGUACUACAAAGUGCAAAAGGGAGACACGUGCUGGUCAAUUGGGCAGAUGUAUAAGAUCAAUGAUGACACAUUUCGCAGGUGGAAUCCAAUUGAUUGCUCAAAACUGUGGUUAGGAUAUUAUAUUUCUUCACUCGGCAGCCGAGGCUCCAACUAUGAAACAGGCCUAGGCAGCCUACAAUCUAUUCUUAACCAUAUGUCAAAUAUAACAAGUCUCUUUGCCACCAAGUAG